AUGCAGAAGAUAUUGGAUCUUCUUCAACAUCCAACACCAGUUCCUGAACCUUCUUUCACAGAAGUUGAUCGACUAUCUGAUUUUGAGCAGCGACUGGAUCUUAUUGCCAAUGCUCUCAAUAAUCUCACCUCUCAUUAUGUUGAUGACAAAGAGGGGGAGAAAUACUUACCUCAAGUUGUUGUCCCAACAACACCUGCUGAUGUUGAUGCUCAAGAUGAAAGAGCUGAAGCAGAUGAAGCUAAUGUUGAAGUUGUAGAUGCGAUCACAUCCCAUGAACCUGAAGUUGUUGCUGAAGCUGAGGACAAUGAUGAUGUCGUCAGAGCUGAUGGUAGAGACGAAGACCUUCCUAUCACUUCUACAGCUAAUGUUGGUGAUAAGGAAAAUGAAGAUGAUGAAGAUGAAACUGAUGAUCCUCUUUCCUUUCCUGAUGCUAGACAAGAUCUAGGUGUUGAUGAUGAUGAUGAUGAUGAAGAUGACGAUGAUGAUGACUUCACCAUUGAAUAUCACACCAGACCAGCUGCUGUUCAAAAAGGAGUCUCUCUCAGUGAAUCUUCUUCCCAGGGGAGAAAGAGAUGUCUACAAAGAAACAGAACACCUCAUCUAAGGAUAAAGAUUUUUUUGAAGAAGGAAACCUGA